AGGGCGCAUCGAUGGUGGGCGUUGUAGUCGGCGCUGUGGCCGGCGCGCUGGCGUUAGGAGCACUUGGGUUCUUCCUAUAUCGCCGACGAACCGUAAAGAGCACCGACCCCGACCCGCCGGCCCCUCCUAGCAACGGUGGGAACAGCCUGGAGCACGGCCGGGCCUGGAGCACGGCCGGGGUGAACCGCAGCAGCGACGGCAGCAUGACACCCAUUCCGAUCGGAGGAAACGAUGCCCUGGGCCCGCCACCUGCUAUCCGGAACGGGACACCCACUCCGAUCGGAGGAAACGAUACCCUGGGCCCGCCACCUGCUACCCGGAAAGAAUCCCUGCCGUCGCCGACACCGUAUGCGCAUGAUGUUGCACACCAGCGUGAUGCUGUUCCUCCGUCAUCCCCACACAGGCGUGACGGCGGUGCGCGGUCACACCACGGCCCGAUAGCCUAUUUAAUGGCUUGAUGUCUCGUUGUAGGUAGAUCGAUACCUCACAGUCUUAUCGAUCGUAGCUAUUGCUUGAUC